AUUAAUAAGUGGGCGGAAUCAAGGAAGGCUUCCCAGAGGAGGUGGCCAGAGUAGGGCCUUGAAGGUAAGGAUUACAAGAAAGUGAAGUCAAUGUAUGCAAGGCAGACAGGAUGAAAACUGAAUGCUUCUUGACGCCCUAGUAGGGGCAGUGGGAAGAACUACUCGGUGUUAGCUUCCAGCCACGCUUCCCGGCGUGCUCCGCGCUCCCGUCAGGUUCCACCUCCCUGCAGCCACGGGGCUCUUGGUAGCAAGCACUAAAUGCCACUCACAGAAAACCCACGAAUUGACUACAACUCCCAGCAGGCACCGGCAGGCGCAGGAAGACUACAUUUCCGGAAUGAAGUCACGCCGCCGUGGAGCGGGCCACACCUGCUCAGGCUCCACCUCCCGGCGGUCCUCGCGCCCCAGACCGGACUACAUUUCCCAGCAGUCGUUGCGCGUAUCCUCUGCAGGAGCCGGUAUCGGUUACGUGGGAAGGGGUUGCUGGGAGCCGUAGUCCUGACGCGGGGGCCACUGGGAGGCGCGGGCGGGGCUCCGAGGGGGGCGGAGAGGGCAUGGCGGCGGCUCCGGGCGGAGGCUGCUCGGGCUCCGGCUCGGGCUCGGCCUCUGUUGCGGGACCUGCUGCAGCUGCGCGACCCAAGGUGGCCCCGAGCGUGGACUUCGACCACAGCUGCUCGGACAGCGUGGAGUACCUGACCCUGAACUUUGGACCCUUCGAGACUGUGCACCGAUGGCGCCGCCUCCCGCCCUGCGACGAGUUCGUGGGCGCACGGCGCAGCAAGCACACGGUGGUGGCCUACAAAGAUGCCAUCUACGUGUUUGGAGGCGACAACGGAAAGACGAUGCUGAAUGACCUUCUGCGCUUUGACGUCAAGGACUGCUCCUGGUGCAGGGCCUUCACCACGGGGACACCGCCAGCCCCCCGCUAUCACCACUCAGCCGUUGUCUAUGGGAGCAGCAUGUUUGUGUUUGGUGGCUAUACUGGCGACAUUUACUCGAAUUCCAAUUUGAAGAACAAGAAUGACCUAUUUGAAUACAAGUUUGCCACUGGGCAGUGGGCAGAGUGGAAGAUUGAGGGGCGGUUACCGGUGGCGAGGUCAGCGCACGGAGCGACUGCGUACAGCGACAAGCUGUGGAUCUUUGCGGGUUAUGACGGCAAUGCCCGGCUCAAUGACAUGUGGACUGUCGGCCUUCAGGACCGAGAACUGACCUGCUGGGAGGAGAUCGAGCAGAGUGGCGAGAUCCCGCCUUCCUGCUGUAACUUCCCCGUGGCUGUGUGCAGGGACAAGAUGUUUGUGUUUUCGGGGCAGAGUGGAGCCAAGAUCACCAAUAACCUCUUCCAGUUUGAGUUCAGAGACAAAGUCUGGACUCGGAUCCCCACGGAGCACUUGCUUCGGGGCUCGCCGCCCCCUCCGCAGCGAAGGUACGGGCACACCAUGGUCGCCUUUGACCGGCACCUGUAUGUGUUUGGGGGUGCGGCUGACAACACCCUCCCCAACGAGCUCCACUGCUACGACGUGGACUUCCAGACCUGGGAAGUCAUCCAGCCGAGUCCCGACAGCGAGCUGCCCAGUGGGAGGCUGUUCCACGCGGCCGCCGUCAUUCUGGACGCCAUGUACAUAUUUGGUGGGACGGUGGACAACAACAUUCGGAGCGGUGAAAUGUACAGAUUUCAGUUUUCCUGUUAUCCAAAGUGUACGUUACACGAAGAUUACGGCCGUCUGUGGGAGAGCCGCCAGUUCAGUGACGUGGAGUUCAUUCUGGGAGAGAAGGAGGAGCGGGUCCGAGGACACAUUGCAAUCGUCACGGCACGCUGCAAGUGGCUUCGGAAGAAGAUAAUGCAGGCCCGGGAGCGAGUGCGACAGAAAUCCAAGUCGGAGCCGGAGGAGGAGGGGCCCGGGCCGGCCGGCGGGAAGCCACCUCUGCCGCCUUCUCUGCUGGAGGUGGCGAUCCGCGAGGCCGAGGCCCAGCCCUUCGAGGUGCUCAUGCAGUUCCUGUACACGGACAAGAUCAAGUAUCCGCGUAAAGGGCACGUGCAUGAGUUGCUGCUCAUCAUGGACGUCUACAAGCUGGCGCUGAGCUUCAAGCUGUGCCGGCUGGAGCAGCUCUGCCUGCAGUACAUCGAGGCCUCCGUGGACCUGCAGAACGUCCUCACUGUGUGUGAGAAUGCCAACAAGCUGCAGCUGGACCAGCUCAAGGAGCACUGCCUGAACUUUGUGGUGAAGGAGUCCCACUUCAACCAGGUGAUCAUGAUGAAGGAGUUUGAGCAUCUCUCGUCCUCCCUGAUCGUGGAGAUCGUGCGGAGGAAGCAGCAGCCGCCCAUCCGGGCCCACUCGGAGCAGCCCGUGGACAUAGGGACCUCGCUGAUCCAGGAUAUGAAGGCUUGCUUGGAGGGGGCAGGGACAGAUUUCUGUGACAUCACCCUCCUCCUGGACGGUCACCCCCGCCCAGCUCAUAAGGCCAUCCUGGCUGCCCGUUCCAGUUACUUUGAAGCCAUGUUCCGGUCCUUCAUGCCUGAAGAUGGCCAAGUCAACAUCUCCAUUGGGGAGAUGGUGCCCAGCAAGCAGGCCUUUGAAUCCAUGCUGCGCUACAUCUACUAUGGGGAAGUGAACAUGCCCCCCGAGGAUUCUCUCUAUCUCUUUGCAGCCCCCUAUUACUACGGCUUCUACAACAACCGGCUGCAGGCCUACUGCCGCCAGAAUUUGGAGAUGAACGUGACGGUGGAGAACGUGCUCCAGAUUCUAGAGGCCGCUGACAAGACCCAGGCCCUGGACAUGAAGAGGCACUGCCUUCGCAUCAUUGUGCACCAGUUCACCAAGGUUUCCAAGUUGCCCAACCUGCGAGCCCUGAGCCAGCCACUCCUCGUGGACAUCAUCGAGUCUCUGGCCACUCACAUAUCUGACAAGCAGUGCGCUGAGCUGGGCUCCGACAUAUGAUGCCCCCUGGAGCCCCCUCCUUGGGGGGCCCAGCUGGCCGUGCAGCAGCCAUUUGCACCCCUGGGAGGCUCCAUGUGCUCAGGAUGGCCUGGGCAGAAGCAGACAGGCACUCGGCGGGACCAGGGCAAGGGGGCCCACAGGCGGAGAAGACCCCCUAGCGGGGCUGGACUAGACCCAUGAAACCCUCAGUCUGGGUGUGACUGUGCUGGAGGGACCACCCCCUGUGCCCCAGGCCCUGGCCCCUCAGGUCAGAAUUGAGCCUUUGCCUGGCUGUGGGGGUAGAUGUUUUAAGAGACCAAAGGCGCUUUACUUUGAAAGACCAUUCAGAGGAAGUAAAAGUUGUAACAGUUUUGUGCCUUGGCA